AGCCGGGGUUUUGUGGCUGUAGCCUGGGAGAGAGGCACACGCAUUCUGCGCCUGGACACACUCGCACACGCACCCUCGCGGACAGUCCUAGCCCCGCCGUCCCUGUCCGGCAGUGGGCGCCCCCGGGUGGCGCUCUGGGCGGAGCGGCAGCGCCAGGCUCCCCUCCCUCGCCCUGAUCCCUGCUGCUGCCGCCCAGAGGAGAAAGACACCUCUGCGGAGAGCGGUGGGGGCGGGCGCGAGCCGGAGAGCGCGAUGAAUGAGUUCCCCCCGCGCCUCUGAGUUGUCUGAGUUGGCAGCCGUGCCAGGCUUCCGGCUCUCAGCGCCCCACGCGCUCGCAGCUCCCGGGGCUGCAGCCCACGCCAGUGGCCGGGGCCGAGGCCGCCGCGCUGGGGAGCCGAGGCUCACGAGCUCCUGUCCUGGCACCAGUUUAGGGAGGAGGGUGGACCCCCAGCAGAGGCGCGUUCUGCGUGCACUCUCCACGGCACCUGCUGUCUCUCUGGCGUCGUAUCAGCAAUCCCGGAUCCAGGCUUACCUGGAGAAGAACAAGAUCGGUCCCCUGUUUGAGGAAUUAAUGACGAAAUUAAUAACUGAAACACCUGACCACCCAAUCCCAUUUCUCAUUGACCACCUUCAGUCUAAACAAGGAAACCGUGGACAACUUCAAAGAACUUUAUCUGGAUCAGCAGCUCUCUGGGCAGAAAGUGAGACAUCAGAACAUAAAGGAACAAGAAGGGAUUUCAGAAGCUAUGAUAAACCUUGGCAAUUAAAUGCAAAGAAGCCAAAAAAGUCAAAAAGUGAUCUUGCGGUAUCUAAUAUUUCCCCACCGUCUCCAGAAUCCAAAUCAUUGCCAAGGUCAGUAGAGCAUCCUAAAUGGAACUGGCGGAGUAAACCACAAAGGCGUGAUUUUGAUGAACUGAACCACAUCCUUCAAGAGAGCAAGAAGCUGGGAAAAGCCCUUGAGAAUCUCUCUCGAAGUAUUGCAAUUUCAGACGAACUUGAUAAGGAAACAGCGGCUUUUAAUUCUUCUCUUCUGAGACCCCGUGUGAUCGGAGAAUGGAUUGGCAGAGAAGAGAAUGAUGCGGAUCCACUAGCUGCUGAAAUGCUGCAGCCCCCAAUUCCGAGAAGUAAAACUGAACCGUGGGAAAGUGAGGACAGUAGCUCCAGCCCUGCAGGAAGCUUAAAGGUGGAACUCAAGACUAAGGGAUUAAAACAACAGCAACAGCAACAUAAGAAACUUCUGGCCGCAAUGCUCUCUCAGGAUUCUUUCGAGUCCAUUCACAGCCUGACUCCAUCUGUAACAGAAGAAGAUAUUGAUAAUGAAGAUGAUGCAAUGGAAUUGCUGGAAGAUCUUGACGAUUUAAGAAUGGAGGGAGUAACUACCCUGGUACCUUCUGGGAGCAAAUUUAACCAAGGUCGUGCUGCUUACCCCGCUGAACUUCAGGCCAAGGUCACGCUCAACAUCUGUUCAAGGUGUGCCAGGCUUCAAGGAGACAAUCUGGCAGAAAGGACAGAAGAGACGUCACAAAUCCUUCAUUCUCCAGAUGAAAUAAUUCCAGAUUCUUUGGCUUCUUUACCUCGGACUGAAGAAGUACUAAUGGAAGAGGGUGGAGAAUUUGAGAAAGCAUCUAAAUUAACAGGACCUGAUGAAUCUUUAAAGCAAUUGCAGGUGGUUCACCAACCAUGGAUCUUGCCGAGUGACACAGAAAGCGAAGGAGUGGAAGCAGAACAAGAAAAACGUUCUGCUGAUCUUCUUCUUUGUGUUCCGUGCUCUUCUUGUCCUACUCUCGUCUACUCUGGUCUGUGAAACAGGCAGAGGUUGCAAGUGGUCCUUAAAGAGAUUGCAAUUAUUCAAAUCCUUAUGCAUAGUUCUAAUUUUAUUUACUAUGUGUAAUCAUUUAAAGAAUGGUUAUUUUUAUAAUCUCAAUACCAAACAAGUACUCUUGUAACCAGGGGGUGCCUAAGUGUGUAAUCAGAGAACACUAACCCUAGCAAAGGAUUCUGGGGGUGGUCAGGAUACCUGCUGCCUUUUGGCAUGGUUAGUGUCCUGGGUUUGAAUUACUUUAUAUCUAGCUAUUAAGCUUACUAUUUGAUACAUUAAAUAUUGCCUGAUUCAAAUAACUUUGCUUAAAAUUUUUUCUGUAUUUUGACUUGUCUAGGGUUUUCUAUUUCUUCUAUUUUUAUAAUAUUUUCUCAUUUUUUUAGAUUAAUAAACAUUAUACUUACCCACAUGUGCCAAGAUGUGCCACUUAGGUAUCUCUGGGUGGUAGCCAUUUGGUGUCAUCACCUGCCCUGUGUUCUGUGCAGCUGCCAGGCAUUUUCCCCACCACUGCUCCUUCCUACAAUAAUCUGCCCUGUUCCUGUCAAAACAAAUAAUUGAUAUGUUAAUUCAGUAAAGCGGAUCAGUAAGGAAUGAAAUGCAUGCCCCAAAGCAUACACAGUGAAAACUGUUUGACCAUCUAUCGAAUUAUUGAACCCAAUUAAGACAUUUUCAAUCUGAUAUCUGCUUGCUUUUGGAAUGUGUUACGCAUUGAUGCUAAGUGAAUGGAUCUAAGUAAAUUUAUUAUCUCAAC